AUGAAGCUCACGCCAGGAAGUGUGCAGCACUUUGUGUGUGCGAAGAAAUUCAGCGAGAAUUCGAUGAGGAUCAACAGUGUGGAUUACUCAUCUGAUGGAUUGACUAUGAUAACGUCAAGCGACGACGAUUCAAUCUUCAUCUACAGUAUGCAGACGGGAACAAGAACCCGAAAUGUGAAUAGCAAGAAAUACGGCGUUGAUCUUAUUCGGUUUUCGCACAACACUAGUAAUGCGAUACAUUGUUCAACGAAGGUUGAUGAUACGAUCCGCUAUUUAUCCCUUCAUGACAACAAAUACAUACGGUACUUCCCAGGCCACACGAAGAAAGUUAUGUGUCUAAGUAUGAAUCCUAUAGAUGACACUUUUCUAUCUGGAUCUUUAGACAAAACCAUCCGAUUGUGGGACUUGAGAUCUCAGAAUUGCCAGGGUUUAAUGCAGGUAAACGGGAAGGCGAUCGCUGCUUUCGACCCAGAAGGAUUGAUAUUUGCUGCCGGUAUAAAUAACGAGCAAGUGAAACUCUAUGACUUACGCUCGUUUGAUAAGGGUCCAUUCACGACUUUCAAAUUAGAAGCUGAACGUUCGUGCGAAUGGACUGGUAUGACGUUUUCUCCAUGUGGAAAAUACAUAAUGAUCAAUACAAAUGGAACAGUCAUAAGGUUAAUUGAUGCAUUCACUGGAAAUUUGAAGACCACGUUCGAAGGACACCGAAAUGACAGCAAGAGGCGCUGGAGGCGUCGUUUUCGCCUGAUUCCCAAUUUGUUUUUUGUGGUUCGUCAGACCGCUGCAUUCAUGCUUGGUAAAAGAGUGGCCACGUUUGAAACAGAGCACGAUAACCACUUAAGAAUUGUAUCGUGGAAUCCAAAGCAUUUUAUGGUGGCUUCAGCCUGCACGAAGCUGUGUUUCUGGAUCCCAGGCGACGAAGUGGUCGAGAACUGA